GGGAGCCGACCGGCCACCUCUGAGUCGAACCAGACACUUCUCUACGGGACCGGGGUGGCGAGGAAAGGGGCCUGGAAAGGGGGAAUUGGCGAGCCCCGGGUCCUCCGGCUUCACUGUCCCCAGCCCUGACGCUUGCUCUUGCGCGCUCUGUCCGUUUUUCUGGUUUUUUUUUGCGACUCUUCCCCCGCCCCAGUUCACGUGUCCCCGCGCUGCAACCCGCGGGCUUGGUGCCACCUCCUUUCAGCUUUGAGCAGAAAGCAGGCUCCUCGAGGGCUGAGACUUUAUUGUAACUUCUCUCCCCUGGGAGAUUCGAACAGUGCCUGGUACAUAAGAAGUCCUCGGUUAACUCUCCUUGAAUGAGUCUAUGAAAUCGAAUUGCCAGGAAAUUUCCAGAAAAAAACUGCUGACAGCAAAAUCAGAGAGGAAGCUUGCAAAACAGAUAUGCACAGUUGUGUUGGAUCAUUUUGAAAAGCAGUAUUCCAGAGAACUUGGAGAUGCCUGGAAUACAGUAAGGGAUAUACUGACAUCUCCAUCAUGCUGGCAAUAUGCUGUCCUUCUUAACCGAUUCAAUUAUUCUUUUGAACUGGAAAAGGAUCUACACUUGAAGGGCUAUCACACACUAUUUCAAGGAUCUUUGCCCUACUAUCCUAAGUCCAUGAAAUGUUACCUUAGUAGAACUCCUAACCGAAUGCCUUCAGAGAGACACCAAGUUGGAAAUUUAAAAAAAUACUAUCUCCUGAAUGCUGCCUCUCUCCUCCCAGUACUGGCUCUGGAGUUAAGGGAUGGAGAGAAGGUUCUGGAUAUGUGUGCUGCUCCUGGAGGCAAAUCCAUAGCUCUGCUGCAAUGUGCUUAUCCAGGUUACUUUCAUUGUAAUGAAUAUGAUAGUCUGCGGUUCCGGUGGCUGAGACAGACAUUAGAAUCUUUCAUCCCACAUCCUUUGGUAAACGUAAUUAAAGUGUCUGAACUGGAUGGCAGAGAAGUGGGAGAUGCCCAGCCUGAGACUUUUGACAAGGUGUUAGUUGAUGCUCCAUGUUCAAAUGAUCGAAGUUGGUUAUUUUCUUCUGAUCCUCAGAGGGCAGCCUAUAGGAUAAACCAAAGAAGGAAGUUGCCUAUUCUACAGACAGAACUCUUAAGGUCUGCAAUUAAGGCCUUACGUCCUGGAGGGUUACUUGUGUAUUCUACAUGCACACUUUCCAAGGCAGAAAAUCAAGAUGUGAUCAAUGAAAUUUUAAACUCCUACAAUAACAUCGUGCCUAUGGACAUUAAGGAAAUAGCAAGGACUUGCUCCCAAGACUUCACAUUUGCUCCCACUGGCCAGGAACAUGGACUCUUGGUGAUUCCAGACAAGGGCAAGGCCUGGGGCCCAAUGUAUGUAGCCAAAUUGAAAAAAUCAUGGACUAUGUGAAACUGGUAACAUGCAUUUUGUAAAUCAUGUCAGCGUAUUAUUAAAUUUAUUUUUCAAGCCUUUCUAUAGGUUAAGCUUUAAAUAACUAUGGAGGCACUUUCCCUGAGCCUUUUGCAACCUUACUUAAUUCGUACGCUAUCAUGUUGGAAUAUAGGCUUGAAAAUUUUCCAGGUGAAAUUUUUUUGUAGAAAUAUAUCUAUAGCAAUGAUUUAAGGUAGCACAGAUGGUGUUUGUUCUGUAUAAUAAAUCUGCUGUCUUUUACUUGGCAUUUUGUAGUAAAUUAAUCAGACUGCAUGGUCUUAUGCAAAAAAUGUUUAGAACUGCAUUCUAUUCAGAUGAUGAUUCUUUGAACCUUUAAAAAUGCGGAUUUGCUGGCCCUCUUAUCACUUUUGCUCCUUAUCAAAUAUGAAGUUUCUCUCAGGGUUUUGUUCUGCCCUUUUUCUAUAAGAGCUGAUUGCCAUUCUGAGACUCACUUCUUAAGCAACCUAUUUUACUAGUUCUAGCAAAAUAGGUUUCUUAUUUGCCAAGUUGUUUUCUGUUAAGUACUAUCUUCUGUUUACUGCAAAGGUCAGUGACUCUAUUGGCACCAGCUUUAUUUCACCACUUUUUGUUGUAUUCACAAAUACAAAUAGAAAGGGUAAAAUGCGUUGAAAAGCCAUCAGAACAGCAGAUUCACAUGCACAUGUUUGACUUUCGACAUUCAGCUUCUAGAAUAAUGGAGUCUAUCCAGCAAGCUAUAAAGCAAGUACUUGAAACAAAAGCAGAAUGAUUAAUAACUGCAAUAACUGAACUAUAUUUGGAGAGUUUUGUUACAUAAUUGCAGCCAUAAUGAGCACUACAGAAUCUGAUUAUCUUACAGUUGCAAUCUGGAGGGGCUUUUUAUUUCACUCUGUUAUGAAAUGUUAUAUGAGAGUGUGAUGUCACAUAUUAAUGCACAGAGGGAGAUACCUAGUGAGAGUGGAUUACACUGCUACCAAACCCAAUAUCAUUUACUAAGUGGCUGUUCCUGUUUACAUAUUUCCUGGGAUAUAUUGUGUGCAGUUUUAUAUAUUGUCCUUAGGUUUUUUUAGCUUUAGGUUCAAAUCAUGUAUUUUCUCAUGAAAUUGCUUCACUUAGAGUCCAAACAUAUUUUCCACCUAUUAGGAAAAAGUAUGCAACGCACUUCAAAAGAUUUUAUGUAUUUUGAAAUUAUCUUUUAAAAAAAACUCAGUAUAGAAAUACAAAAUUUUGCUGAAGCUGAAUCCUUUUGAAUUGUUUAUUACAUUCUGAGCAUUUAAACUAGAGCUUAUUUGCUCAUUAACUUUUUUGUUUUGCAAGCACAUGUAACUGAGUUUUCGGAAUGUCCUCGAAACAAUGCUUUUUUUUGUACCUUCAUUCCAUUAACCAUUUUUCCCCUUUGUACUAACUGAUAUAUUUAAGGAAGCUGAUCUCUUGAGGCCAUCACAUGUGCUAUGUUAAUUCAGAAAAUUACUGAUAAUGUAAAAAAUUUUUAUUUUCAUUAAUUUGUUAUUAAUGGGUUGUCGUAGUUUGUUUUGUUUUUUUCCAGCUAUUUUUUUCAAAUAGCUUUAUAAAAAUUUAGGUUGUUUACUAACACAUUAACUUUUCUCUGUAAUCAGCACAUUGAAUGGCCACUAGUAUCAGAAAAAGACUGAAUAAAUGUAAUGAAUUUAAAUGGUUCAUACUGAAUUUUUAAAGCAUCAUAUAAUAUCUGUGGUUUGGAAACAGGCAGCCUAUAGUUCUUUCUCCUAUUCUAUAUAUCCAUAUAGCCUUAUACUUAAGACUGCAUGUUAACCUUUUAACAAUGUUGUGAAAAGCAUCCUUUUAUAUAAUGUAUAAAAGAAUAUAUAACAGUACACUUGCUACAUGUCUGAAAAAGUAAUCCCAAAUCUAAUAGGCCCUUAUCAGAGAGUGUUUUAUGCCUGGGAAAUGAACAUCAGAUAUUCUGCAUAGGUUAAUGCAACUCAUCUGGAAUACAAAGAGAAAAUUGGAACCAGUCACAACAAUAUUACUAGAUGCCAAGAAGUCCUUUGAUGCAAUUGAAUGGGAUUACUUGUAUUAUGUGUUAGGUAAAUUUGGCUUUGGGGAGAAAUACAACAGAUAGCACAAUUUAUUUUCAACUCAUUUAUAUGGUUCAAAUCAAUGGUUUACAAUCUCUCUUUCCUUGCCUUAUUGCUGCAUUGGGGAGGCAAGUAAGGAUGAUGCCCAUUACUGAUGCUACUCCUUAGGCUGACAUUGGAUCUAUUCUAUCGCCCAGAUCCCACAAGUAUCUAAAGGAUAUUCAGGUGAAGGUUCACAAGUUUACUAAUGUCUGCUAAUAAUCUACUCUUGUGCUGCAAGCCGUAAGAGCAUCUGUCCUGAGAACAUUAAAAGUAAUGUCAGAAUUUGGAAUGGCUUCAGGCUGCAAAGUCAAUGGGAGAGAAUCAAAAAUGCUAUCUUGACAGAAUAGUUUCUAUUAAUAUUACUGGGUGACAUUUAAAGUAAAACAAAAAUGUAAAAUGAAUUGAUUUAGGAUUCUCAUUAGGGAAUGGUUAAACAAUAGAGUAA